CUUGACCAUGUUUUAUUCAUUAAACUCACAAAGUUUGUACAAACAUUCCCAAGUAAGAAUCAUGUGAAACAUGCGCCAUUAUUGAAAGCUGUUUGUAGACACCACUAGGCAUUGGUAACACAUGAUUACAAUAUUCUCACAGGACCUGGAAAAUGCUACUAAUUCCAUAUGCACAACAUUAUAAGAGGAAAAAAAUGAAGAAUGUUUUUUUUAAUACCAAAAGAAUAGUUUUCACCCAUCUCGUGUCACAGGGCAGGUGGAGGAUAAUUCGGGAAUGGGUGCCCUUGGGCGGACGGUGGUGGCGGCGGGUGACCAUAGCCAUGUCCUGGUGGUGGGUAACCAUAGCCCUCUGUCGGUUGUGAGGGAGGUGGUGAUGCAUAAGGAUAACCCUGUACUGGCGGCGGUGGGUAACUGUAUCCCUGCUGAUGGGGCGGUGGUGGGGGUGGGUAUGCCGAGGGAGGCUGACCAUAUCCUGCUGGUGGAGGGAGGGGCUGAUCCAUACGAGACAUAUAUUGAACUGGUGGAGCCGCCAUUGGAGCAUGCCCUCCUCCCAGUUUGCCAUCUCUUUUGUCCAUCUCAACUUUGUGUUGUGUCUAUGAAAUAUAUGCAUAUGAUCACACACCGACAAGAAAACCUUUAGAACAGUUCAUUAAAAGGGACUGGAUGAAAUGAAUAUGAACUAAAUCAAACCUUACUUUGGCUCGACUUCCGUUUGAGGUUGUUCAUUUUUCUUCAAGAUUCAAUGUGUGUUCACUUUUUAAAUGUGGUUUGACCCAAGUAUCCUAUGUUCGGAUACUCUGUUCUACUUCUAUCAUUCUGGUUUAUUAUGGUUCAAGAAAAUCAUUUCUGAACUAUAUAAUUGAAACAGAUAUGCUUCGAUUCCAG